AUGUCUUAUACAAGAAUCACAGACGAUAUGGAGGACAUAUGGGACUGGGUGUCGCAUCCGUAUCUGGAGGAAGAGCAGGUGGUGUCACGCACCCCCAAGAAUGAGAGAGAUUAUGAUCUGCCAAUACCCCUACCACCUACUCCAAUAUCAACUGAUGAGGAGGCAUUCAAAUAUGAGGAAGAACCUAGUGAGGAGGUGGAACCUAGCGAUGAGAUUGGGGAGUACCUACAUAUCGUUCAACCUAUCCAGAUUCGUCUUCCCACUAGGAUUGUGAGGAGACUCAGGAAGAGGAAGCCAUAA